GGAAAUUGCAUUCUCCUUCAGUUCUGUUUCAGUUUCGAGUCCGUGCAGUCGUGUUGGCCGGAGUGAAGGGUUCCCAUUUAAAUUGUAAAAUUUGCAAAGCCUUAAAAAAAGGGGGAAAAUAAAUAGAGAAAAUAAAUAAAAGUAGAAAAAUAGAGAAAAGUAAAUCAGCAAACAAGUGCAGUUCUUCAAAGAGACGCCGAAGCGGACAGUCGAGAGUGUGGGCGAGGGGAGAAGUUUUUGAUCCAGAGUCCUAGCACAGAUACCUAUAUUUUUACUGCGGGGCGCCGCGAGCGGAGUGGAGUGGAGCAAGAGCGAGGGGAACAAGCUGAGAAGGCUGAGAAACGAGGUAACCGCCACCAUGUCGACGCUUCCCUUUCUCCUCAGCGUUGCUGACGAGUUGGACAACAUUAACUCGCAGUCCUACAUGGACGACUUUGGGCUGGGCUUCCAUCCGCACCGCCAAUACUACAGGACCCCCACCAUCCAGUUGUCCCUGCCAGCCAGCACCGAUUGGACAGGAUCGGGACGGGAUUGGUCUCAGGCGGGCACCGGCAGGCAGACUCGGUAUCGCAGCUACAAGUUCUACGACGAUUCCCAGAACAAUCUCGAAGAGGAGCAGCCGGAGGAGCAACUGCCGCAGGAGCAGCAGCUGCAGGAGCUCCCUCAGCAGGGUGACCACCACCAGGUCAGACCAGGCCAGGAGAAUCAAUCAAAGUCUGAUGGCCAGGCCCCGCACACAGCCGCCGCCACUGCCACUGCCAGAAAGGGCCUGGGCAUGGUGAAUUCCAAUUCCCACGAUGUCGGAGUCGGUGGCCUGGGCCUGAACCUGAAGGCCAGCGAGGAGGAGGACGACGAGAACAUCGACCGCACUGUCCGGAUGUACAAUCUCUCCAAGAAGUGCUGCAAGAACUACUAUCGACACGCCCUGGAGACCGGACCCGGAGCCAGUGGACGGGUCAAGUGCAGCAACAUCCGCUCCGAGAGUCACAAGUCGAGUUCUAGCUCCGAGGAGAGCCUCCAGAAGAUACCCUCGCCGAUCGAGUUCCUCACUUGCUUCCUGGUUAAGAAGUCCCGGACCCCCAAGGGCGGAGUGGGCCAGCAGCUGAAGAAGACAUAGAACUCGGCCCGGCUGCUCCCGGCAGCUGUGUCCGCUCGGACCUCCACGCUCAGCUCCACGGCCACCAGUGCGGUGGUCGGCGGAGUCCUGUCCGAGACGGGCGCCAGCUCGGACACCGCGACCACGAAGCGGCGGAGCAACUGCUUCUGAAUGUUGGCCGGAGUUGGGGUCGUGUGCGGCCAGGCCUGGAGCUGGCUGCAGCGAUGCGGGGAGCUGCCUAGCUCAGAGCCCACAUCGCUACCAGUCACGCGUCUGGGCAGGAUCGCAUACUAGUUAUCCCGACUCCGAAACAUGCUGAGAGGGUGCUCCACCUCAGUCCGUGGUGGGGCCUAUGGGUUUUCUUUGUUUGGCGAGUCAUUCAGCAGGGGUUUUCCGCCAUUUAAUGGGAAGGGGGUUCUCUGGGGAAAAGUGCCAGGUAAGCUUGAAAAUAUAGGAAUUUACGGAGACGGCUUUUUAAGGGCUUAGGACUUUGUCUUGCACUGGUGUGAGUUAUAAGCAAUAUUUUUAAUAAUAUUAUUUAAUAUCUAAACCUGAAAAUAAAUUAAAAUUAAGAGUAUAAAAAACCUCUAUCCUUUUUCCUUUUUUUUCAUUCAAAAAUUUCAAUGAAAGUCAUACAAUAAUGCCUUUCUUGGAUGCAUUUGUUGAAAACUUCAAAAACUAAACUAUUAGGAUUUCUUUUUGUUUAAAUGAAUCAUUUCUGAAACAUUUUUUAAUAAAGUUGAGAGUAUUUUGAAGCUUUGUUUUAAAAUACACUUAAUUCUAGUUUAAUAAUUAAAUCAAAAGUAUGUAUAAUUUUACUAAAACUGCCAAAAGAACUAUCAUUUUUAAAAUCUAUUUAAAAACUUACUCCAGUGCAAACACUUUUCUUAACCACCAAUUGAAAAAUUGCUAAAAAUUACAGGCCAAAAGCAAAUUGAAGCUUAAAGCAAACAAAAGAAAAACCAUUUAUUCCAAAAACUAUACGAAUUGUACGUAUAUUAAAAAUAUAUAAUAUAGAAAAUAAACCAAAAACAAUACUAUUAAAGCAACACCGAAAACUUUUGCAAAAACCAGAUACACACAAUUUUUAAAGCCAGAUUUAUACAAAAAGUUUGAAUAAAAUGUAUAAAAAGAAUCGAAGAAUUUGUUAAGCAAACAUUUUUUAUACAAUUUUUUGAUACCAAGCAAAAGAUAUAACUUAUAUAUGAAUAUUAUAUUAAUACUGGGAAUACUGUUUGAGAAAAUCAAAGUUUGUGGAAACUGAAGCUGAACUAAAAACAUUUUAUUUAUUUUUAUUUCUUAACAGAAGAAUUAAUGUUGGUUCAGGGAAACUUUUAUAAACACAUACUAUAAGAUUUUAAAGUUAAUUGAUUUAAAAUUAAAAUUUAAGUAAAAACUGGUCUCAUUUUUAUACCGAUUGAAGGUUUUUGUUCAGCUUGAGGUUCCAAAACAUUUUAUACAAGCUGUUAGCUGUUUUAAGCCAAAUAGAUUGCGGGCUAAUUUAAUAGGUCUUCUGGACACCCCCACACCCAGACACACACACACACACACACACAGAUAGACCCUACUACCUUUGCAAUGGCAAUGUUUCAUUUUCACACAAACAGAGGAAAGUUAUUUGUUUUCUACCAUAUUCCUCUACCAAAAAGCCCGGCUAACUGAAAAAUGUUGCACUAAAGCUGGGAAAACUUUUCCACAAUGUCGGCAAGUGUUUUGGGCCAAAUCAGGGAGGGUGAGAACGGAGCGAGGAGGGAAAGAGGUUUGGGCCCUAUGAAAAGUGAAACAUGUUUUCAAUUUCCUUUUUUCGGGGGGACGAAUGUAAACAAGUCAAUAGCAAAGCUACGGCUAAGGACAAACACACAGAAGACCUUGGUCCCAAUUUUAAAUUAGUGAAAAAGCAAAACAGGAAAAACAGAAAUGAAAACGGAAAAGUAAAGCACAUUUUUUUCAGCAAAACAAAAAAUGUGAAAGGAAAAGUUUGUUUGGGGCUUGAGUCUAGAAUCGAGAUAAACGCUGGAACACAUUUGUAAAAGAUUAAAUAUAUAUAUUUAUAGUUUUGUAGCCAGAUAUUCUCCUCAACAAAAAAUAUUUGAGUGUUCUAAAUGUAUUCUAAAUGUUGAAACAAAUCCAAAAACCACAAAAACCAAAAUGCAAACGCAAGAAAAUAUUUCAAAAAAAUGUAUUUACAACUAAUCAAGAAACAAGUUUAACCAGAAAAGAGAAAAUUUUAUAUAUAUAUAUAUAUUACGAGAAUAUAAAUUAUAUGUGUAGUCACACUGUUUGCACUUUUCAGAGUUUAGAUCCAACAUUAAAUAAAUACGGAAAAUGUAUCUAUAUGUAUCGCAAGACAUAAACUACAAUUUUAAACUCAUAGCUUUACUCGAAAAUCAGCAAAUCAUAUCGCAGAUAAAACUCAAGAGCUCUACAACCGAAGAAAAAUCUAAAAAAAAUAUGUUAAUGAAAAUUACUUAGCUGUAGUUUUUAACUAACAAAGUUUUGCCAGUAGCUCUUAAACGCCACACACCCACUUUUAACUACAUAGUUGGACAAAAAAGAAGACAUUUUAAAGGCAUAGGCCAACCUGAUGGCUUCAUUCAUCUAAUCAAAAAUAAUAUUCAAAGUAAUUUAGAUGUUCCUCGGAAACACAAACCAUUGACAAAAUAGAACCUCUCGCAACUGCAUACUUUAUACAAAAGAAAAAGCAACACACUCGACGCAUAUCAUUCCAAUACAAAAAUUUCAACUAAAAUCGUAUUCAACUUGAGAUUUAAUAAAUAAAUAUAGCAAUAUAUAAUAUGACAAAACGAAAUG